AUGUUUGGUGCUGUCCAGGUAGGACUAUUUGCAGCAGGUGUUGUACUUUUUGUUCCAAUGGGUAUGGCAGGUUGGCAUUUAAGUCGUAACAAAAUGUUGUUUUUUAGUUGUGCACUUUUUAUCACUCUUUUUGUUGGUGUUCAUUUAGUUCCAUAUUUCCCUUCAGUUACUUCUUUCAUUUCAACACCAUCAAGUUCAUUACCUCCAUCAUCAUUUAUCGUAAAUCGCGAUUAUUGCUUUAAUUUACUUCAUCAAGUAGCAUUUGAUUAUCAAGAAUUGGGUAAUAAUAAUGGUAGUGAUAGUAUAAUAGAUUCUUGGAAGUGGGUUGAUUCUGGAAAUGUUGUAGGUUGUGAUUUUCAAAAGUUGAGUAAGAACGAUGCGUCGGAUUUGUUAAACGGAUCGUGGGUUGUUGUUGCUGGUGAUUCACAAGCAAGGUUAGUGGUAGUUUCACUUUUGGAGUUGAUAUUAGGGGAAAAUAAGAUGGAAAGUAUAAGGGGGGAUUUAUUUUUGAGACAUAGUGAUUAUGACAUAUUUGUCGAUGAGAUUGGGAUGAAGUUGGACUUUAUUUGGGCGCCAUACGUGAGUAAUUUGACCGAUUUGGUUCACGGGUUUCAAGGAAAAACACGUUAUCCGGAUGUAUUUGUGAUGGGAGCAGGGCUAUGGGAUAUGUUACAUGUAAAUAAAGCGUCGGAUUAUGGUGCUUCCUUGAGGUCUUUGAAGGAUUCAGUAGUGUUGUUAUUACCAGUUGCUUCAACUAAUGAUGAUUCGAAUGUGGUUGUUCCGAUUCGGUCGCCCAACUUGUUUUGGUUGGGGAUGCCUAAGUUGAUAAGCUCAAUGUUGAAUACGGAUGAGAAGAGGGAAAAGAUGAGUGAUGUAACUUGGCAAGCGUUUAAUGAUGAGCUUUAUAAAAAAAAGCUGGUUCAACAAUCUGGUGGACCGAUGUUUUUGCUAGACAUACAUUCGUUGAGUAAUAACUGCGGAGCUCGUUGCACGUCUGAUGGAAUGCAUUAUAAUUCGGUUGUCUACGAAGCUAUUGUACAUAUCAUGUUAAACGGGUUGCUUAUCGAAUCUAACCAGAAGUUAUGA